GAGGAGAGUGUCUCUGAUGUCGACAGGACUCUCACUCAGCUCAUUAGCUUGCUGAUACAUGCAGACGUUUUGUCUUUUGAUGACACUUGCAAAGACAGUUUGCCUUUUUGCAGAGCAGCUUCUGAACUCCGACUCAAGUGAAGGACCUUAAGAGAUUGCUGUUUGGCUACAGAGAUGAGUGUUGGGCUGACACAACCCAUCUGUAUGGAAAUAGCUCUGGCUCUACUCAUUUUGCCAGGGGUUUUGUGCACCGACUGGCUUGUGGCAUAUCAACCGAAAGAGAUCUGUGCAGUAAGAGGCUCUUCUGUUGUCAUUUCAUGCACAUUUCACUAUCCUGAGAAGCUUGAUAACAAGAACCUAACAGUGGAAAAAGUCAUGUGGAGUCGAGGGAGGAAACAGUUUUUUGAUGGCCCUUUCAUCACUGAGAGUAAUAAUACAACUCAUACCGCCACCAAAUUUGAGUACGUUGGUAACAAAGUUCAUAAUUGUUCUUUGCAAAUCCACCAAGUAGAGCAGAGAGACAGUGGAGAAUAUGCAUUCAGAUUUGAAACUAACAACGGCAACUGGACGGGAAAGAACGCUACAAACGUGAAUGUUUCUGAGUUGUUCAUUUCGAUGACAACACCCAAAGUAGGCGAACCAAUAAAAGAAGGGGAUUGUGUGAAUCUGACCUGUAUGUACAACUGUUCAUCUGCAGUUAUGUGGUUCAAGAACAGAAAAGCCCUGCAAGAGGAGUCCUCAACUCUUUACCUCCGUAACAUAUCCUUUCAAGACUCUGGAAACUACUCAUGUUCGCCAAAGCAUUACAACAGACCACUUUCUGAGGUUAUCAGGGUCAAUGUUGAAUAUGGCCCUAGGAAUACCUCAGUCUCAGUUUGGCCGUCGUCUGAAGUUGUGGAGGGGAGCGAUGUUACUUUGACCUGCAGCAGCAAUGCUAACCCAACAUUGAACUACACUUGGUUUAAAAUAGAUGGAGACAGUUGUCUGGAAAUGGUAUAUCAGGCUGAGCUACAGUUUAAUGUUACUCUCACUGGUAACAGCGGGAAAUACUUCUGUGUUGUCAGCAAUAAGCAUGGAAGACAGAAUUCCACUAUUCUAUCUCUGAAAGUCAAAGAUCAUGCAAAGGGGGUGGUAGCUGUGACACUCACAAUACUUAUUGCAGUUCUUGCUGUUGUGACAAUGAUUGUCAUUGUGCCUAUGGUUGCUUGGCAUCUUGUUGCUCACAGGAAAAAGACCACAGCACCAAAACCAGACACAGAGGAGAACACACAGACCACAGAUGCGCAUGUAACCAGCCUCACGUCAGACUGUAGUCUGACAGAAGAGUGGAGAGAGGAGGAACCAUCGCAACAGGAAGAUGUCAGCUAUACAACAGUGCACAUCAACUCCAAGCAAAGGGCAAACAUAGAACAGCAGAACGAGGAAACUACGGCCAUCUACAGCUCUAUAUGGGAGCAACAAGCCAAGGAGGACCUCUACAGUGUAGUAUCCAGACCCACUCCUAGGGGGAAACAGGCCCAGGAUGACCCAGUCAUCUACAGCACUGUGUUCAGGCAGUAGUUGAGAUGUUGCCUGGCUACCCAAACUCCUUGCUCCGGCCAAACGCUAUGCCACGCCCACAGAUGUUAGUGUCUUCUGAGUCUGGAUCGGAGUACAAUUCCUGACAAUGCAAACACAUUCUAACCACUCUGAUUGGUCCCAGAAGCUGAUGGGUUGGGCCAGAGCCAGUACACACGUGGGUAAAGCGCAUUGAUAGAGGACUCAUCUUUUAAUCUGUGACAUAGCGUCUGUGACAGCAUGUGCAGCACCAUUUAGGCUUUCUUCUUCAGGUUGGCUGAUCCCUCCUGAUGACCCGGUUGGACAUGACUCCAACAUGGCCACCAGGAGGGAUCAGCCAAUAAAUGUUGGAAGUCCCAUCCAGUUGAUUACAUUUAAAUGGUGGAAGCCCUCAAAGGCGCUUUUAAAAUUCUUCAUUGGCUUUGAUACUCUGAUUGGUUAGAGAUUAUCCAAUUGCUGAUGACCUAAUUUUGACUUCAACUGUGUCCGUCUGACUGAAGUACGUAGCAAACAGAACGGCUGAAGAUUUCAGUUGCCUUGUGUCGUCAGGCAAGUUGAGAUGGUGAACCUCACACAAUGGACCCUGAGGAUCUAUUACUCCACUAGAGGUCAGAACAGAGCCUUUGCAUGAUGAAUGAACUCACAGCUGUGAACAGAGGAAGAGAGUAUGAUAUCUGCAGUACACCUGAGACAAUGCAGAUGGCCACCUUGGAUAUCUGCAGUCCAAUCAUUUAAAUAUUCCAUAAGAAUAAAGACUCCAAUAUUUUGAGACAUUGUUUCUUUUGUUUUACUUUUUCAAUGUAUUUCACCUAGUCAUAUGCAUCUGGCAAUGUAUUUCACCUAGUCAUAUGCAUCUGGCAAUGUAUUUCACCUAGUCAUAUGCAUCUGGCAAUGUAUUUCACCUAGUCAUAUGCAUCUGGCAAUGUAUUUCACCUAGUCAUAUGCAUCUGGUAAUGUAUUUCACCUAGUCAUAUGCAUCUGGCAAUGUAUUUCACCUGGUCAUAUGCAUCUGGCAAUGUAUUUCACCUAGUCAUAUGCAUCUGGCAAUGUAUUUCACCUAGUCAUAUGCAUCUGGCAAUGUAUUUCACCUAGUCAUAUGCAUCUGGCAAUGUAUUUCACCUAGUCAUAUGCAUCUGGCAAUGUAUUUGACAUUUAUUUUUAAAACCCUUUCCUGCAGUCAAACGACCAAAAGCACCCUCAUUGGUAGAAUGUAAAUAUUUUUUCUAAUUUCAUAAUUUUAAACAUUAUAUCCGGUGUUCUAUUUAAAGACGAUUUGGUUAUAUUUCAGUCUUCUAUGAUGUAUAUAAAGUGUAAACUUGGGAUGCAAAAUUGAAUAAAUUUCAACUCUAUAUGUGACAUGGUA